AUGCCGCAGCCGCGCGACCAACCUGAAUGGAAUCCCGAACACGAAUGUUUCCGCCGCUCGUCCCUCAAGCGUCUUGGGCAGGUCGUACAGCUUGGCCAUCCGCCCGGCGAAUGCUGCAUACAAGCCGACCGUGGCCAUAGCGACUUCACUAUAAUCGACACGAAUGGCGUGCAUAUUGUAGCUGUCCAAUUCUGCGGCUGCGGCAAGAGCGCCGAGAACCACCGCCAACAACUCAUGCGAGUUGGCUGGUGGCCGGGAACCAUCAAGAAUCCUCAGACUUGCGCCACGCUCGCGUGCUUACGCCAAUUCCACAAGCUGAACGCAUGCAGCAAGAUUUCUAUACACGAAUUUUGGCGUGCGAUCGAGCGCCUCACUGACAACACGGGCACGAUACACAUCAAGAGCAAGCGCCAGGUAUUCGCCAGCAUGAUCAAUCAUUUUCGGCACGUCGUCAUGCUCAGGCGCUUCGGGAGGGCCCACGUCGACGACGGCGUGAGUACAACUCCUCAAGGGGGCUUGGCUAUCAGAUGUCCCGCAUGCCCUGAGCCCGGUCGUAACCUACCUCGAGGUUGGCAAGAAGCAGGCCCGGAUACGAGCUUUCUUUAUCAGAAGUUCAUCGCUCAAGAUGCGAACUUCCGCCUUGCCAACGCAGUCCGCUCGAGCGAGGCGCGAAAUCCGCCGCUGGGAGAUGGCUGGGCUUACUUCGUCAAGAGGGAACCUUACCUGAAGUAUGUGAGCUCAUUUGCGAGCGAGGGCGAUAUCUCGACGUGCUCGGGCUUCGCCGCGAUCUUCCUCGCGAAUGCCAAACGUGUGCGCGGUUUGCGCGCAACGGGGGUCGCGGCCGUGAUCUGCUCGCGCCACAAUAUGUUCCUACCGAAUGGCAUGGGCGAUCUGCAGAAAGGCGAACGGUUCUGCAACAUGACAUAUGUUCUCGCUUCCGCUCUCGCGCACGAAGAAGUACCCAACGUCGUUUAUUCAUACGAUGUUGCCUGUGUAUUCGACAAGAAGCUCAAGGACCGCAUUGCUACCCUACCGGCGACCAUCCAGGGUCGCAUUGCCGACAUGGUACUGCGCUACUUCGUCCCCAAUUUCCACUUGCCAGCACAUCGAGCGGCUUGUCAUGCGCUCUAUUCAUUCCACUUUGGGCUGGGUGUCGGCCGGACGCACGGAGAGACGGUGGAGGAGAACUGGUUCCUCCUCAACAAGUCCGCCGCUCAGACGAAGCCAAUGGGUCCUGGUACGCGGCAGCUCACCCUCGAAGAUCACGGUGGCUGUCAUAACCAUGAGAUGGAUGUUAGCUUAGGUAAGUCACUUCUUCGAUCCGUCGUGUCUUUCAUGGAUUCCUACAACGAGUUUGAACAGCUACGUGACGGAGUUGAGAAGCGCAACGCCCCUCUCGUGCAAGAAUGGCUCGAAACCGAGUCGAAGUGGCAACAGGACCGGACGAGCGUGCCGUGUCCUUACGAGUUCACGACGAAAGUGCGAAACCUUAGAGAUGUCGAGCUCUCCCUUCGGCAACAAGAAACCCAGCACACCGCCGAUGGCACUCCUGUCCCGCAAGAAAUGACUGUGACGUCCUUCAUCAAGCUCGGGAUUGAUGUACAGCAUGCCCAGCGCCUCCUUGCGCUCGAGGUCAAAGCCAUCAACAACCCGACGAGUACGCAGCAGCUCGCCAUAUUCAACAAGCGGGUCGCUCUACGCAAAUCCGUCGACAAGCUACGCGCUUGGCAGCGCACGUUCAUGCCAUCGCUUCAAGACAAUCUUUCGAGCGCCGACCUUGCGACGUACAACAGGAUCCCCGAAGCAAUCGAAAAUAUACGUCUGUUCUUGCCGUCCGAACUCACGGAUGCAGCGCGUGCUGCAGCCUGCGCGCCUCACGUCGCCAAAACCGAGAUCGCUUUCCGCACCGCAGAGGCAGAAGAGUGUUUGGAAGAUCUUCGACGUGGCCUGCGCAUACGAACGGCCACGAAUCAAUAUCGCCAGGCCAACGUACGCCAAAUCGGUGCAGCGACGCGGGCGCGCCAGGCAUUCGACAAGCUGGCCAAACGGAUACAUACCUCGAAGGUCCGUUAUCGCUUUGCUCGCAACUGUUUGCUGCAUCUGCGAGGACCUGGAGACUGGGAGAGGCAGUUGCGCGUUCUGCAAGAUGAAGAUGUACGCGCGUUGAAUGAGCGAGCCCUAACGUCGGAGGAGAAAGCUCAACGCGCUGCGGGAAGGUCCCUUGCCGCUGACACUGACUGGACUGCUGCCGACGGUGUCAUUCUCGCCGGCGUGGUCAACGCCGGCGAGGGCUCGCGGCGUCUUUCGUGGAUAUGGUAUAUGGAUUCCGGACAGGGUGCCGGUGAUGCUGAACUGAACGAGGCUCUUCGAGUCGAGUUUCUCAAGUCGAAAGCUCGCCGUGAUCGAGACCGCGAGGAGACGCAGCUGUUGCUAGAGGAGAUGCGUCGCACGAUCGCGUCGCUAGAUCACGAUGCCGAACAGUGGCAGCAGCGUGCUCAUGCGCGCACGACCUGCGACGAGCUUGUGAAGGAUGGCCUUCGGUCGUACGCGCUGGAGCAGUCUAUGGUCUGCAUCGAGCGGGCAACCGUCCUGGAGGCGAAGUGGAAGCGGCCUAGGGAGGCUGCUAGACUUGCUUUAGAGCUGUUGUUUGACAAGGUUGGGGAGCUGACUGACGAGGAUGCACGGCAAGAUCUGGAAGAUGCUUUGGAUGGUGUAGAACGAGAUGAACUGGAUGACUUAGAGGACGGUAGCCCCCUUGUACCUGAGUAG